AAACCGGCAGUUUAGUUCCACUCUUCCCAAGGAAAACAUCUUUUCUCGAGACCAUAAUAACCCAUACAAUCCAAAAGUAUACAAAAUAAACAACAAAAAAUUGUUUUUUUUUUCUCACAUUUUGUUUUGCGUUUAAACUUAUAAAACAUCGAAACGAAGAAAAGUUUUUUGGUUUUGUUGUUGUUGUUGUUUUUUGCGCUUUUUUCGUAUUCCGUUCACGAGAAGAGAUAGUGCGCUGCAAUUUUUAUUAUUUUUGUUUUGGUUUUUAUUUUCCCUUUUAAAUUUUAUUAUUAUAGACAACACAGUUGCAUUCAAGUGUUAUUUGGCGAGCGAAAAGAGAAACGGGAGCGAAACGAUAUGUGUGCAUUUGGUUUAAGUUAGACGGGGUAUUAUACGUUUUGUGUGUGCAAAAAGAAAUAAAAGAAUCGAAAGAAAAGUGGUAUUAGUAGAGCUUUGGAACAGGGAGACCAAUAAAACCAAAUAAAAAAACAAAACAAACAAAAACCAAUUGUGAUCGAUAAAUAUUGGAAAAUCGUAUCAGAAAAUCGUUUAAAGUGUGAGAUUUCGAAUAUCGAACACUCACAGAGAACUCUAUCCACCGAAUUAUAUAAGAAAAACAAAAACAAGACCAAGAAUUUUGUGUGUACCAAACGCUGAGAAAGGAAAUUAGAUAAACUCUAUUGGAUUCGAAGUACUACGGACAUUUUGUCUGUGUUUGUGUUGUUGUUGUUUCUCGUUCUUCGAGCCAGCGAAACGAUUAUUAUGAAGAAACAGAUAUUUGCCGUUGUACUGUUAGCUGUUGGCUGUUCAGCUCAAAAAGCCAACCAAGAAGACCCAUGCAAAACAAAAGCACGUGUCGUCAGCGACGUCACCUAUUGCGACCGAUAUUGGGAGUGCAUAAACAGUCAACCCGAAUUGUACGAUUGUCCGAAUGGCCUGGUAUUCGCUGGUAAGCAUCGUGGUGUGACAGAAGGUUGCGAUUAUCCGUGGCGGUCAAACUAUUGCGAAAGUAAACAGUUAGCAAACGGUCCCAUUUCGACGGAACAUUGCGAUUGGUUGUAUGGUAUAUUCGGUCAUGAAACGUCUUGCACCAGAUAUUGGACAUGUUGGAAUGGAACGGCCACAGAACAAUUGUGUAUCGGUGGUCUUCUGUACAAUGAAAAUGCUCACAGCUGCGACUGGCCGGAAAAUGUUAACGGAUGCCAGAAGCAUCCCAUCUGCGACAAGGAUCCGAACGGCAACGUACCAUUGGGCAAAUCGUGUAACCGAUACUGGCAAUGCCAAGGAGGAUAUCCACGCUUGCAGCGUUGUCCAGCGAUGCUGGUUUUCGAUCGACGAUCGCUGAGAUGUGUUGUGCCGCCAACGGAAGAUUGUGACAUUCCAACAACCGCAACGCCAGUCGACGGUGAAAAUGGGGACGGUCAACAAGCGCCACUGGACGAUGAGCAAGUGCCUGCGGUGCAUGCCAAGGGAACGUUUAGCAGAAACAGUAAAAAUUAGAAAGGGGCCUGGGUUCAGGUUCCUUUUAGAGUUGUUUUCUAUUGUAAUUUCUUGGAAAGUAUUAUUUUUGUAUCAUUUUGUUUGAGCAAAUAAAUUGACUUUAUUUACGUAUUGA